AUGUCCAUCUGCGUUGCUGAGCUCAAAGAAGUGCACUCGGGCAUGAGAGAUCGUUACGUUACUCCUCACACCAACCAUCGCUCGUGGGAUCUCCAUCACUGGAUAUCAGGAUUGACUAGUCCUGCCCUCGAUACCACGAAUCUCAGGACUGUCUCGGGCACUCAACAACAACCAUCGAUACCACCUCACGAUUGCAGAAUGGUUCGCUCAACAGCAGAGGGACUGGCCAGCCUUGGCAACUCCAGCACCAUCGUACUGUUCACUCCUGUCAUCGCCCCAGCAGGGUCGGCUAAGGCGACCAAUAAGACCAAUGGAAGCGCAGAUCCAUUCGAACCCUUGGGCCGUGCACUUAGCCGACAUCAUAAACGUGUUCGGCACGUGCCAUACGUUCCAAAUAUCGGUUUCACGGAGACACACGAUGCCUUCUUAAGCCAGGCUGAUGCCGUGAUUGUGGUCAUUUGCGAGCCCGAUGCAGGCAAACACGAAGCUCUUGCAAACCAAGUCGACUUUGCCGAGGCGACUCGAGACGGUCUUGAGGAGAGUUCAUGCGCGGGCUCACUCAUCUUGAUACAGUGUGGCGAUGCAAGGGGAACGUUCUGGCCGGAUUUAUCGCAGUUCGACAAUACGCUCAAAUGCCAAUCGUAUGACUCCAACACGGCUCAACAGAUUGCUCGGAAGUUGGUCGAAUCGAAGAAGUGA